AUGGAGUUACAGUGGCGUCUAUGGAGUAAAAACUGGGGGUCCCUUAUAAGACCAUGGAUACCUAUAUUGCUUGGCCUGCAUCUCCAGUUCUCCGGGGCAUCCCAGUGUCCAGAAGAGUGCCGUUGUGAUCGUACUUUUGUUUACUGCAACGAGCGGAGUCUGACCUCAGUGCCUGUGGGAAUAGGGGAGGGCUAUAAGACUCUCUACCUCCACAACAACCAAAUCAAUAACGCCGGGUUCCCAUUGGAGUUGCACCACGUGGCUUCGGUGGAGACGGUGUAUCUCUAUGGCAACGAGCUGGACGAGUUCCCCAUAAAUCUGCCGAAAAAUGUCAGAGUGGUUCACCUGCAGGAGAACAACAUACAGACGAUAUCGCGAGCGGCUCUGGCCCAGUUGUUGUGGUUAGAGGAAUUGCAUUUGGAUGAUAACUCGAUAUCUACAGUUGGAGUGGAGGAGGGGGCGUUCCAAGAGGCGGUGAGUUUGAAAAUGCUCUUUCUCACUAAAAACCACCUGAGCAGCGUGCCUAUUGGUCUUCCGGAAACCUUAAAAGAGCUGCGAUUGGACGAGAACAGGAUUGCGGUGAUUGUCGAGGAAGCGUUUAAGAAUGUCACUCGUCUGGAGCGCCUUCUGCUGGAUGGGAAUCUUCUGACAGAUGAAGGAAUUGCACCAGGAACAUUUCAGGACCUGGGAACGCUGAGGGAGUUGUCUCUAGCUAGGAAUUCUCUGACUUACCCACCCCCGUUCCUACCAGGAGAGGUGCUAGUCAAGCUAAAUUUCCAGGAGAAUCAGAUGACGCACAUCCCACCGCAGGCCUUCGCGGGGUUACACAGACUAGAGAAGUUGGAUAUUUCAAGUAACCAGCUGCAGUCUCUGACACAGGGAGUCUUUGAGGACCUGGUGAGCCUGAGACAGCUGACAGUGCGGAACAACCUGUGGCUGUGUGACUGCAGUGUGAAGUGGGUGGUGGCCUGGCUCAAGUCUCUGCCCGGGUCACUGAACGUGCGUGGCUUCAUGUGCCACAAACCAGAGGCGCUCAGAGGAAUGGUGAUCCGGGAGCUGAGCCAGGAGCUGGUGCAGUGCCCACAGAGCACAGAGGCUGCCCCCCCUCAGCCCUCCACCCCCUCCUCCCCUUUCAUCAACCCCGCCUUCAGAAAGCCCCUCCCCACCUUUCCCACUCUGUACCCCAUAUACACCACCAGAGAGGGGGGGCUAAGGACUCGGAGACCCCAGGACCCCCGCAGAGAGGGUCUGCAGGUCACUUUUGCCAUACAGAAUGGCUCAGCCAUCCACGUGAGCUGGGUGGCUGCCUUUCCAGUCACUGCCUUUAAAGUGACGUGGGCUCGGAUGGGUCCCAGCCUGACCGGGGAGACGGUGAGGGAGAGGAUUGUGGGAGGGGACCACCGGGGCACCAGACUGGCCAAUCUGGAGCCUAAGUCCACCUACAGGAUCUGUGUGAUUCCUCUGGACGCAUUCAACAACUAUCGUCCCAAAGACGACACCGUGUGCACAGAGGCAGUGACUACUGCUGCCACUUACAGCCCAGAGAACAAAAGACCAUCUGGACCAGAGCAGGCCACUCAGCCUGAGCCUGGCUCUCCGUUCCUGUUGGCAGGUCUGAUUGGAGGAGCAGUGAUGGUGGUGCUGGUGCUGCUGCUCAGUAUCUUCUGUUGGCACAUGCACAAAAGUCGCUCCCAGUCCUCCUCUGCCACCUGGAAAUACAACCGUGGGCGCAGGAAAGAUGACUACUGUGAGGCGGGCACCAAGAAGGACAACUCCAUCCUGGAAAUGACUGAGACCAGCUUCCAGAUCGUCUCACUCAACAAUGAGCAACUCCUCAAGGGAGAGCUGCGCAUUCAGCCUAUUUACACCCCUAACGGGGGCAUUGGUUUCCGAGACUGCCCCCUGGGGAACAGCACAGUUUACUGCAAGAACAAUGUUCAGGAGGCCGACUAUCCGCGCACAUGA